ACUUACAGAAAGACUAGCACCACUAGGGAGAUUGUACGUUAAGGCAUUUUAACAAACUCUUCAGCUCCCUACAGAUCUUUGACUCAAAUCCAUAUUUUAAAAAACUGUAUUUCCUUCUCUGUGAGAAAAUCUGAAGUGGAAAUCAAUCAAGAUGAAAAAGGAGCAGUACAUAACCAUCAGGCAAGAACUUUUACAAGGUACCAGACAUUUGCUAAGUUGAUAUAAUGUAUCUCAAAAAGGGAUGUGUAUUUUUUUUAGGUCAGAGAUUUUAAAAACUAAAACAAGUUAAGGCCUAUGUUGUUAAUGAUGUGAAAAAAAAACUUUAACAGUUAAAAAGAACUACUAAAAAAUAAUCUUUAAUACUUUAAGGCAGAUCCCUUUGGUAUUCAUAAGGGAUCUGAAUCAUUCUUGUUACUCCAUAUCGUAUCUUUAUGUGCUGUGAAGUGAAAACAGGAAGCAAUUGUUUUAAGGACUAGAUAGUUGGUGGUAUUUUUUUUCCCUAAAGAAAUAUUUGUUGGGCUCUGGCAACCGUGCUGUGAUGUGGUUCGAGAUCCUGCCCGGGAUCGGCGUCAUGGCCGUGUGCUUGGUCAUCCCCGGCACAGGCACAGCGCACAACCACAGGUUCAGUAACGGGGGCGAAGAAAAAAGGGUUGCCUAUUACCCAUAUCAGUGGAGUUUGAUGCAAAGAGAUAGGUGGGUCUCUGGAGUUAAUCGUUACUAUGUGUCAAAUGGUUUGGAGAAUAUCGAUUAAGGAAGCAUCUUCCUGAUUGAUGAAAAAUAACAGUCAUACUCAUCUACCCCUUCUAGAAGGUUAUGCAGUGUAUUAAUGUAGUGCAUAAUAAAAACAAAAAAGUAGAGGAGAAAGUAUUUGUUAAAAAUGUAUACUGUGGUAAUCACUCUGCACUAUAUGUAUAUCAAAUCAUUAUCUUAUAUGCCUAGAAUAUAAUGUUAUAUUGUUAUAUUUCAAUUUUAAAAUAAAUAAAUUUGUAUUUUUAAAAACUUAAGAUUAGACCUGUGAAACUCAUCUUUAUUCACUAAUUUUAACCAACAACUUUUCAUGUCAUUUUAUUGAAUAUCCUGGAAAUAAAAGUAAAUAUACCUUUCUUUUUGUGAUCUAGCAGACAGCUUUGCAAAAAUUCCAAUUUUAAUUAUACUAAAAUGGAC